GUAUGCCAAAACCCCUGACGCGCAGUUUUUCCUUUAUCGCUUUCAUCUUUCUCAGUUUUGUUUUUCUUCUGACCAUCGGCCAGAAAUUCAACAAGGAUUGUAUUCGAAUUCUUGAACCGCAAGCCUGAGAGCCAACAGUGAGACACCAUGUCAGCCUUCAUCACGCGACUCUCUUUGUUUUGGGCGGCGCUCUUCAGCUUGCUAUCGGCUGUUGCAGCACGCGGCCCCCCCCAAUAUCCUACGACACUAGAGGUGGACAUCGUCUUCCCACGCAACGACACCUAUGCCCCAGUCGAUGCAUUCCCUCUUGUCAUAGCUAUUCAGAACAAUUGGCUAUCCCAGUACUUGGUAUUCGGCCUGUUCGUGUCAUGGGCGAUAUUCAAUGAGGAUAACCAAUCAACAUCAAGCUUCGUAGAUACAGGGAUUUUCAUGACAGAGGAGCCUGCUUAUGAAGACCAGCGGUAUCUCGUGUCAGCUACGACCCAGCUCAACAGCACCGAGGGCCAAUUCUUGUUCUAUGCGUACCUGGACGUGAACAAUUGUAGCACUGCCGAUGUAAAUGCCAAUGGCACUUACAACGGCGACACUCCCUCUAUCAAGUAUAUCGGUUCGACAUAUUUCACACUCCAGAACACCACGCAGCUGCCGGACCUCGUCGCCGCCACGAGCCCCGACACUUGCGCAUCUAUAGCAGCACUACUUCUGAAUAUCACGGGGUACACACCCAGACCCGGUGUAUCGCCUAUUCCGGGGUUAUCGCCUGAGGAACAGAAACAGUGCCCGGUCAUCGGGAAUGCAACGGCGUCCCCAACUCCUUGUUCAGUGCGGUUGAAUCAGACCCAGGCAGCAAGCAUAUCUGCUAGUGCAACUGCUAUAGCUUGUGGCGUGUGGCCUACUGAUUAUCCUGGCUACAAGGCAGCAUGUGAAGCCGAGCCUGAGAGCGUAGCCUGUCAAGAGUAGUACAUGUGAUCCCAUUAGAUUAUAUAGAAGUCUAAAUUACAAUAUAGUUAUCUGGCUAGAUGAAGGUUUUAUAUAUAGAUUCCUAGCAUUCCAAUAUGUAAAACGUAAGUAUUACCGCCUUCCUUUUCUAAUACUCCCUUUUAAUCUUUAUAUUAAUUGAUGUAGUAAAUUUUAAUCGACUUCCUUUUAAGGGUAGCUCCCUUUAAGGUAAGUUAAAUAGUUAUGUUGGAUAGUAUAAGGGUAAUAUUUUAAAGGAUAU